CGCACCGUUCAGAGGCCCCAUCGACGGUUCGCAGCGCCAGAAAACAGCUGAAGAAGAAGUCAACACAGCCGGGCACACGGCCACAUUCACCCUCAGUAAUGGAGAGCCUGCUGGAUAAUCCAAUGAAAGCCGUUCUCUACCUGAAGGAGCUCACCACCAUCGUGCAGAACCAACAAAGCUUGAUCCAGACGCAGCGCCAACGCAUCGACGAACUCGAGCGAAAGGUGGAAGACCUGAUCGGAGAGAACCGACAGUUGCGGGACCCUCAUCACUACGUCCAGCAGCCCGCUCAACCACAUCACCACCACCACCACCACCACCAUCCGACGACUCACCGCAGCGCCAGUCCCCAGGCGCCGGCCCACCUCCACCAGCACCCGGGGAGCAACAAAGCUGCGGCUCAUCUCGGCCAGCAGGCGCAGCAGCAGCAGCCGCCGCCGCCGCCGCAGCAGCAGCAGCAGCAGCAGCAGCAGCAGCAGCUUCCCGGUCUCUCGGCCCAGCCUCAGCAGCAUCCCACCCCUCCUGCGCCGUCCUCCCACCACCCGCAGCAGCUGCAGCUCGUCCCCACCUCGCCGCAGUCACCCAAAGCGAGCCAAGCCAGCCCAGACUCCGGCGAGGAGGAUAAGAGGAGCCCCUGCUGCAAGUCCCUGGUUCCGCAGACUCCCACCACUCUCUGCCGCUCGGUUGGACUGGCCAGAAAAGCGGACAACCAAACGGUGCUUCACCAGUUCUGCUGCCCUGCCCCUGAGGCCCCUGAGGGGGAGACCUCCACUGCCUGUGUCCCCAGCGAUGACCUUUCUCCAGAAUCGUCUAUUGGGGAGGAAGGGAAGGGAGGAGAGGGGGAGCAGCAGAGUGAGGUCGAGUCACAACCACAGCCCGAGCAACAGCAGCAAGAGACACAGCCACAGACUCAACCGCCACAGCCCCAAUCUGAGCCCCAACCACAGCCCGAAACCAAACCUGAGCCAGAACCCGAACCCGAACCCGAACCCACUCCGGAACCCGAGCCACAAGUGGAGCCUCCGAGCGAGGAAGCGCCACAGGACGCCCCUAAACCACCUUCGCCUUGCGGAGAGGAGCAGACAGUGGUGGAGCAAGAGAAGGAAACGCUGGAAGAAGUUGUGGAGGCGAAGACAAAGCAAGAGGGAGAUGAGGCACAGGCCGAGCAGGGCGAGGCAGCACAGGAGGAAGAGGAGGAGGAAGGGGGAGGAGCUAAAGGAGGUGGGGCAGGGAGAAGAGCCAGCCUGCAUCACACAGCCUCGCCCUUGAGGGUGCAGCGCAACGGGGCCGGCUCGCACUCCGCCACCUCCGACUAUGAGCUCUCGCUUGACCUCAAAAAUAAGCAGAUCGAAAUGUUAGAGCACAAAUACGGUGGCCACCUCAUCUCCCGCCGUGCUGCCUGCAAGAUCCAGACCGCCUUCCGCCAGUACCAGCUCAGCAAGAACUUUGAGAAGAUCCGCAAUUCGCUGCUGGAGAGUCGUCUGCCUCGACGCAUCUCCCUGCGCAAGGUCCCGCGUGCAAAACACGAAGGUUUCUCUGCUGAACGGGCCCUGGCAGAAGGCUGCAACUUGACAGGCAUCCCUUUGGUGCGCUCGCCGUCCCUGCCCGCCACAGUCGGCGGCACCCUGACCGACCUGGAAGACUCAUUCACUGAACAGGUCCAGUCACUGGCAAAGUCUAUCGACGAUGCACUCAGCAACUGGAGCCUGAAGACAAUGUGCUCACUGCAAGAAGGCGGCACUUAUCAGUUCAGCGCCGACUCCUUCAGUGCAGCAGCAGCAGCAGCAGCAGCAGCAGCAGGAGUAGCAGGUGGAGGAGAAGGAGGUGGUGUGGGAGAGUCAACGAUACAUCAAGUCCCGGUGGACCCAAGUGACCUGUCGAGAAGCGCGAGCAAGCUGAUGAUGGCGUUCCGAGAUGUGACGGUGCAGUUUGACAGCCAGAACUUCCGUGUUUCAUCGUCUGUCAUGGAAUCGUCCACCGUCACCCUCGGCAGCUGCGAAGGAGCCCCCGCCUCUGUCACGACUACUUCCACAACAACAAACUCCACUCCAGCCUCCAUCCCUCCUGGCCACUCACAAGAACCCCCUCCUCCCCCUGCAGAGCUCCCAGCUGAACCUAUAGAUCCGCCGCCGCCCCCACAAGAGCCCCCACCACCCCCCGAAUCGCAGGAAGAAGACGAGCUAGAUGUUGAAUUCCCUGCUCCUCCUCCAAGCGAAGAAGAGCUUGGGGAAGAGGAGCAGCCUCCCCUAACCCCUCUGGAUAAGAUGGCAGCUCCUCAAAACCCAGAGGAGGUUGUCAUGGGUCCACCACCCACAGAGCCCCCUCACGCCCCCCCACCCCUGCAGCGGAGCUCGCCCUUGGUAGAGCCGCUGGAAGUCAAGAGGUGUGGCUCGGAGACGGCAGAUAACAGCUCAGAGCAGAUGAGCAGCAGCAGCACGUCCACAGAGGCACGCUCUACGUCUGAAGCGUCAUCCAAGGAGGCGCUACAGGCCAUGAUCCUCAGCCUGCCACGCUACCACUGUGAGAACCCCUCCAGCUGCAAAUCGCCCACGCUGUCCACUGACGUCAUGCGGAAACGCCUCUACCGCAUCGGCCUCAAUCUCUUCAAUGUAAACCCAGACAAGGGCCUUCAGUUCUUGAUCUCUCGAGGCUUCAUCCCAGAUACACCAAUCGGCGUUGCCCACUUCCUGCUACAGAGAAAGGGCCUGAGUCGACAGAUGAUUGGAGAAUUCCUUGGAAACAGCAAGAAGCCCUUCAACAGAGAUGUCCUAGACUGUGUGGUGGAUGAAAUGGACUUCUCAGGCAUGGAGCUGGACGAAGCACUGAGGAAGUUUCAGGCCCACAUUCGUGUCCAGGGAGAAGCCCAGAAAGUGGAACGUCUUAUCGAGGCCUUCAGUCAGCGCUACUGCAUGUGUAACCCUGAUGUGGUUCAGCAGUUUCACAACCCGGACACCAUCUUCAUCCUGGCCUUCGCCAUCAUUCUGCUCAACACCGACAUGUACAGCCCAAACAUCAAGCCUGACCGCAAAAUGAUGUUGGAGGACUUCAUACGCAACCUACGAGGUGUGGAUGACGGAGCAGACAUCCCCAGAGACAUGGUGGUAGGAAUCUAUGAGAGAAUACAACAGAGGGAGUUACGCUCCAACGAAGACCACGUCACCUACGUCUCCAAAGUUGAGCAGUCCAUCGUAGGCAUGAAAACGGUUCUUUCUGUCCCUCAUCGAAGACUGGUGUGCUGCAGUCGACUCUUUGAGGUGACGGAUGUCAACAAGGCCCAGAAACAGGCAGCACACCAGAGAGAAGUCUUCCUCUUCAAUGAUCUCAUUGUGAUCUUGAAGCUUUGUCCAAAGAAGAAGAGUUCUGCAGCCUACACUUUCUGCAAAGCAAUGGGCCUACUCGGCAUGCAGUUUCACCUGUUUGAAAAUGAAUACUACCCUCAUGGCAUCACCAUCCUGUCACCUUUUGGCUCAGAUAAGAAGCAGGUACUUAACUUCUGUGCCCCGAGUGCUGAAGAGCUCCUUAAGUUUGUAGAAGACUUGAAGGAAUCAAUUGCGGAGGUGUCGGAGAUGGAGCAGAUACGCAUUGAGUGGGAGCUGGAGAAACAGCAGGGAGCCAAGACACAUGCAGUAAAGAACAACGGCACACAGCUAGAGCUGCGCGGCAAACAGGGCUCCCCAUCAGGAAACCAGGAGAUAGAUGAAAGAAGCGGACACAAUGCAGUAGAGGCUUCAGACGUACCAGCUCAGCAGCACGGCUCGGAGUCCCGAGAACGUGGCCCUUCUUAACCACCGGGGGGAGCUGCUUUUCCAGCAGGGUCCCCAGGGGCUAACCCACGGGCCGGCGCCUCCUCCUCAGCACCCACAGCUGCAG